AUGAGGAUCCGCCUACAGCCACCCAGGAGACCUCGAAAUAAGCGACCUCCAGUUAAGGUGAAUAUUGUUUUGCUGUCUUUGCCUGUUCGCUAUCUCCAUUUAAUCAACAAGCUGGCUCAACGACCAUCCAACUUUCCAACCACCGCCGCCGUCGAGGACGCCUCCGUGAAGAACUUUCGGUGUCAAUUAAGAGACACGGUCCGGUUAACCGCCCUGGCUGUCCUAGGCCGCGCAUGCCGCCAAUACCAGGACGGGUUCAAUGACAACGACACCGGCAUCAACAACCUAUUCGCCGAGGAGAACAGUCCUCACAAUGACUGCGUCAACCGCCCAUCCGCCGACAACAAAGCAGCAUUCUAUCGUAGUCGCCGCCCUGUGCAACAGCGGCUGCGGGAGAUGUAGGAGGACUGGGCAGCUUGCAAGGCCGAGGAGAUCCUAGAUUACGCGGACCGCAACGAAUGGAAGAACUCCUUCGUCGCGACCAAAGUUGCCUACGGUCCCACAGUCAAGAAAACCGCUUGGAUUCUCAGCGCCGUCGGAAUUACCCUACUCACUGAGAAGACGCAAGUUCUGCAGCGAUGGGCCGAUCACUUCCGAGGUGUCUUCAAUCGUCCCGCCACCAUCUCCGACGUCGUCUACGCUCAUCUACCUCAAGUGGAGACCAACGUCAACUUCGGCCACCAGCCCUCCACGAAACCGUGAGGGCCGUACAGCAGCUCUCCAACGGGAAAGCGCCCGGAUCGGACGCAAUCCCUGUUAAAAUCUACAAGCACGGUGACCACCGACUUACGGAUCAUCUGAUGAAUCCGUCCCAGGAGAUGUGGCGUAAGGGAGAAGUCCCCAGGACUUCUAGGGAACUGUAAUAGUUUACCUCUACAGGCGAAAAGAGAACCAUCAACUCUGCGAUAACCACAGAGGUAUCUCUUUCCUCAACAUCGCCGGAAAGUCUUCGCUCGCAUCCUCCUCAACCGUCUCAACAACCAUUUGGAAGAGGGUCUCCUGCCGGUAAGCCAGUGUGGCUUCCGCUAUCAUCGCGGGACAACCGACAUGAUAUUCGCUGCCUGCCAACUGCAGGAGAAAUGUCAGGAGAUGCGGACCCACCUGUAAUCUAUCUUCUUGGAUCUGACGAGAGCCUUCGACACGGUGAAUCGCAAAGGACUGUGGAAAAUCAUCCAAAAAUUUGGCCGUCCCGGGCGAUUCACUCAUAUGGUGUGUAAACUCCACGAUGACAUGAUGGCGUGCGUCACGGACAUUGCCGACGACUGCGCCCUCAACGUCACCUUGGAAGCUGACGUGCAAAGGAACAUGGACCUCAUCGCCGUCACCUGCGACAACUCUAGCCUGGUCAUCAAUGCGCAAAAGACAGUGGUUAUACACCGACCGCCAUCCAACGAUGCACCACAUCCGGCCAACUGUGGUCGACCUACCUGGCGGAGGACAGUGAAGGCAGUCACAGCAGUCUCGAAGUUAACCGCAUCACUGCCACCAAAGCCAAACGGGAAGCUCGAAAAUCUCAAUUGCCCCCACCUCGCAACUUCAACACUCAACCCUCCCCUCCCAACCUGCCCACGAUGUCAACGGACGCUCCGGGCACCAACCGGUCUCAGCGUGGCUAG